AUGGCCGCAUCCAGCAAACACCGCGAAGCUGUAGCUGUGCGGCGCAUCACCACAUGCCUGGAUGAUAUUCAGUGCAUUGCAAAGGAUAGGAAAGGGUUGUUGGCCCCAGGGAAUGUGCACUUUUACUUUGUAUUCUUUGUUGCGGAAAUGAAUGCCGCGAAAGAUGUCACUCGCAAGCACCCCAAGUUUGCGCCCUGGCACACGAAGAUGAUGGAGCCCGCGGCCAACGGCUGGUCGGACGAGCUCAUGGUCGAGUACUUCCUCGGCAGCAACCCCUUCACCGUCGACGUCAGAUACGACGAGUGGCUCUCAAAUGCGAACGGUCCAAUUCAGUGGUGGCACGCACUUGGGUAUACAAAGCACGUCAAGGAGACAAUCACGCGUUUCCACAUCACGCAGGCGUUGGACGCAAAGAGGGAACGCGAGGAGCGGGAGGCCGAGGAGGAGAAGGCGGCGGAGGAGAAGAAGAAGCAGGAGGAGGAGGAGGAGGAGAAGAAACGGAAGGAGAUCGCGCGGAGGGCGAAGCUGCAGGCGUUGGAGCGGGAGAUGGCACGGUUGAAAGCAGAUUCGGACAUGGAACUGGAUGCGGAGGACUCUCAUGGCCAGGACGACACGACCGCAGCUGCAGCAGCACCUCAAGAGCAUGUGUCCGCUGAAGGCUCUGACUACACGCCAGAGUCUCCUACGCCCACGCGCAAACCAUCCGCACGUCCCACUCCCGCAACCACGGCACCCUCAGCACCCUUGGCAUUGUCGGCACCCUCGGCACCCUCAGCAUCGUUGGCACCCUCGGCACCCAGGGAGCGUCUGCCAUCAAAUCCGCAAGCCACAGCGCCUAAGAAGAAGUCUCCCAGUUCAAAGAAGUACUCCAGCAGCAUAUGGCUGCGACCGUCGAGCGUCACUGGGCAGAACGUGAAGUUUGACGCCGACCAUACGCACAUCAAGAUCAUGGAGCAUGCGGAAAAGCUCCCGGAAAGCGAGUAUCUCGACGACACCGAGGUGUGGAGUCAUGUUGGAGUGCACGGGCUGGAUCCUGAAAAGGUCCUUCUCAUAAAGACUUCUUGCAACAGAUGCAAAACCUACGGGUUGAUCUUCUACUUCCGCGGCACGCCAACGUGCUUGCCAUGCUACUUCGGCCAUGGCAAGUGCAACAAUGCAACACUUCCCGACCUUCCGGACAGCAAGGAAAUGGCCGACUAUAACGCGAACAGGAACGUACGCGUGGAAACGAUCAACUGGUUCAUCGAGUGCAAGUUCAUCGCGCAGGACACUUGGCAAAAGUGGUUUGACGUCAACUGGAACCGUCUCGUCACUGGCAAUGCUAGCGCCGACCCUGAACUUCUGCCUCCGCCGCCAGGUGCAGCUCCCCGUUCAAAAGCGGGUCCCACCACUGUUCAACACAGCGUGCAGCCCGGCGCGCCCGCUACGCCCGCCCAGCAAGAAGCGCAACCCGAGCAACGUUCACCCAUGCUUGACGACAUCCCGCUCGACUUGCCACUGGAUGACCUCGUCGACGGUCCGUCCAGCCUCGAGAUGGAGCCUAUAGACGUGGAUGCGGCUGAUAUAAUGCCCAAGCAGACCAGCUUGAAGCGCGGGUGCUCAGACUCGGUGCAGGAGGGUGGAGAAACGUCUGCGCAGCUGCACCCGCCCAAGCGCAUGGACAAGGGCAAGGGUAGAGCACCGCCUGAGGAUGUCACUGAGGCUCCCGACACGCUCGGUGAUGAUGCACCACCCUUGCCAUCCGCCAUUGCUGCUGCCCAGGCGUUGAACAAGGGCGUUCGGAUUGUGGAGCCCUCUCCGCUUGAGCCGACACCCUCGUCCAACCCUGUGCCCGCUACUUUCCGCCCACCUGCAGCCACAACAACCCGCCAAAUUCCGCGCGCUGGUGUGGACGAGUUUACUCGCUCUUCGGUGGCACCGUCAACAAUGUCGACCAGUGUGGAUGUUCAAGUGCCUGCUUCCGCGUCCGCAGAGCCUCCAAGGGUUCCGAGUGCUUUGCAUCCGGCUUCCGUACCCACGCGAUUCGCACAGACCAAAUCAGAGCUGCGGGAGGUCGUUGCGGACCUCAAUUCGGCACGCAAGACGCUCGCGGAGACGCACAAGCAGACGGCACAGAUGAUGGAGGGCACCCGUCACUUUGUUGCAGCUAGUGUCGAGCACCUCAAGACCGUUCGUGAAGCUGCGAAGAUGGACAACGUUCUUCAGCUUGUUCUGAACGGCCAGGAGAUCAUGAUGGCAAAAUUGGAGUGGUUGGAAAAGGCGCAGCAGCGCAUGGAGGAGCAUGUCUUUCCCAACAGCCCCCCAACUCCCGCGGUCGCGCCCAAGCACUUCCUUCACGAUGUGCUCGAGAAGAAGUAUCCCGCACAGGGCACGGGCGCUCUCCCCCAGCCAAUGACAAACUGGCCAACCACCCUGACUCAGGGAACUUCGCUCAAGGUCGCGCUGGUUGCUCUGGUAACUCAAAAUCCCGCGGCUGGGUCCUCCACAUGCCUGACAACGUCUACAUCAUCCGUGGGAGUGGUGACAACCCCUUCAACCGCCCCAUCUUCGACGCCAGUGGCCGCAAAGCCUGCGACAUCCUCGGCACCGAAGCCUCCAACUUCCGCGGCACCGCAUGUCCCGGCUUACGCGGCACCUACACCUCCCGGGACGUUGCGUCCCUCGGCACCGUCCCUCCCCAAGCCCGCCCAAGCUACGAAUGCGCCUCCGCCUGCUCCCUCCUCCUCUACAACGUCCAUGGCCCCCGCAAGUGCUGCGCCUACUGUGGGGCAUACAUGCAUGGCUUCCGCGCCUGUACCUGUCAUGACUGGACCUCGCACGCACAUUGCGAGAUCGGUUUCGAUGCUGCCAGGUGGCGUUAGUAUGCCACCUUCAGCCACGGACGUGCUCAAGCAGGCGCUGAGGACUGUGGUUGUCUCUGUGGUUAGUAGAACCCCUGGCUAUUGCCGGGCAAGCAUGGUUGACUAA